AUGGUUAAGGCAAUCUAUAUUGAAAAUAUGAAAAUAAGGCUGAAGUUUUGCCACCAAAAUCAACAGCCAUGCCCAUGGCGUCUCCAACUGCGAGGCCACUGAUUCCCCAUCUCCUCUUUCCCUCUUCUUCCACAAACCCUAACCCUAACCCCAACAAACCUUCAAAACCCAUCUCAUCUCCUCGAUUACCCACCAGACGUUUGCUUCUCUUCUCCCUCCCCAUCGCCACUGCCCUUCUCCUCCCAAUUCCGAGCAAUCCAAUUCAGCCCAGUUCUUGCGACGCUCUGGAAAGAUUUGACCCUGUCAGCCGUUCUGAGCGAGAAGCGAGUGCCGCUAUUUCCCGAAGAGUAUCUGAAGCUGUGGAGCUUCUUGAUAAAGGCAGGGAGUUGCAAGCUCUUGGUGAUUUCAAUCAAGCUCUUCUCUACUUCACUCAGGUAAUUGAUAAAUAUAAAGAUUUUGCCUUCUCGGACUAUGCUCGAGUAGGCCGAGCAUUCGCCCUGUAUGAAAUUGGUGACCGAGAAGAAGCAAUUGCAGAGAUGGAGGAUGUUUCCAUAUCACUGAAGGGAUAUCCAGAAGUGCAUGCGGCACUGGCUGCAGCCUUAUACGUGGAUAAACAUGCUCCAUUGCUGGCUGAAAACCAAUUCACCAUAGCAACUUUGCUUGAUCCUCAUUAUGUGGAUAUCUCGUAUGUGAAAGAAACAAAGCACUGGCCUCCUAGUUUAAUUAGUUCUUUGAAGAAUUUCUUAACACUUUCUUAGACAUUUGUAAUAAUGUAUAAUACAUACAACUCAAUUCCUUGUUUUCUAAGUGUACAAAAUGUAUCAUAGUCUAUAGAUAACUCUACAAACCCAUGCAAGUAGUAGAAAAAUAGUUUAUUUUACGUCUCUUA